CCCAAACUGACCCCCACCAUGGGGUCCCUCCCCUUCAGUCUUGCACAGAUGUACUGGCUCCUCCCCUUCAGUCUUGCACAGGUGUACCGGCUCCUCCCCUUCAGUCUUGCACAGGUGUACCGGCUCCUCCACUUCAGUCUUGCACAGGUGUACCGGCUCCUCCCCUUCCGUCUUGCACAGGUUUACCGGCUCCUCCCCUUCAGUCUUGCAAAGGUGUACAGGCUCCUCCCCUUCAGUUUUGCACAGGCGUAUCGGCUCCUCCCCUUCAGUCUUGCACAGGUGUACCGGCUCCUCCCCUUCAGUCUUGCAUAGGUGUACCGGCUCCUCCCCUUCUGUCUUGCACAGGUGUAUCGGCUCCUCCCCAUCAGUCUUGCACAGGUGUACCAGCUCCUCCCCUUCAGUUUUGCACAGGUGUAUCAGCUCCUCCCCUUCAGUCUUGCACAGGUGUACUGGCUCCUCCCCUUCAGUCUUGCACAGGUGUACCGGCUCCUCCCCUUCAGUCUUGCACAGGUGUACUGGCUCCUCCUCUUCAGUUUCGCACAGGUGUACCGCCUCCUCCCCUUCAGUCUUGCACAGGUGUACCGGCUCCUCCCCUUCAGUCUUGCACAGGUGUACCGGCUCCUCCCCUUCAGUCUU